AUGACAGCUGGCGGGCCGGCAUCCCUGCAGCGCAUGCUGGCGCGCCUGGCCGCCGCGAAGCCCCUCCUGCCGUCCCUGCGCGGCGCCAAAGACGUGGCGGCGGUGCCGGUGGGGCAAAGACAAGGACAAGGACAAGGGGUGGGCAAGGACAUGGCGCCUUUUGAGUCGACUCAAAAGUCACAAGGGGUGGGCAAGGACAUGGCGCCUUUUGAGUCGACUCAAAAGUCACAAGGGGUGGGCAAGGACAUGGCGCCCCUCUUGCCCUCCCUGCGCGGCUUCAAAGAUGUGCCGCCUCCUUCCCUCCCCUCCGCGCGUGCCGCCAGAGACCUCUCUCACGCGCGUGCCCUGCCUUCAGAGGGGGGCGCACUGUCAUGUGCUGCCGGGGGUGCGGUUACGGGUGUUGCGGGUGUUGCAGGUGAGGUGGAUGGUGUGAGAGGUGGCAGUGGGGACGGUGCACCGACAGGUUCCAGUGAGAGGGUGGGGGGUGGCUACGAGGCGGAUUUGCCUGUGAUGUCUGCUUCUGACAUGCCUCACACAGAGGGGGCUCAGGCAGCCUGCGAGGUGGAUACGCCUCUGGUGUCUGCUCAUGAGGUGGCUCGCUCAGAGAGAGCAGGACCGGAAACUGCUGGGAGGCUGGAGGGGCUGGGCCGUGCAAAUGACUCAGCUGCUCGGGAGCAGAGCGAUGAGAGAGUGUUGUGGAGUGGGGGUGGGGAGGGGAGCAAAGAGGAGGUGGUGGAUGGGGGGGAAGGAAGUGGGUUAAGGAAAGGGGAGGGGGGGGGAGGGGUGGCAGGAGAGGGAGGGACGACGGCAGAGGGAGAGGGGAUGGCUAGAAGGGAAGGGGUUGAUGUGGUGGAGAGGGGUGGAGUAGGAGGAGGAGCGGUGGAGGUGGUUGUUAGUGCAGCUGCUUCUCUCGCUGAUGAUGUGGCAGCUGUUGCUUCCAGCUCUGACGUGGCAUCCAUGGGUUCUGGUGCUGACGUGGCAGGAGCACGGGUGGCGGUGGCUGACAGGGCAGGUGUGAGGAGGGCGCUGACGGGGCCAGCAGCACUGCUUGCUUUCAUCAACGAUGGAGCUGAGGACACUGCUGAAGAUGCUAGUAUCGGGGCAGCUACUACAGGGGAUGCACAAGCAAGCAUAUCAAGCCGGUUGCUCAGGCUUAUCUCUCCUCCCAGCCUGCUGUGGCAGUCUCAACAACCACUGCGGAAAAAGGAGGGUGGAUCUUCAGAGUUACCCAAUGGUAACAGGAUAGGAGAAGAACAGAGGUUGAGAUUGGAGGCGUGGCUCGAUGAUAAGUAA